AUGACCUCUUCAUCUGGAGUUAAGGGCAUGUCUUCGUGGACCUACAGACCCCCAGCUGACGCCCCAGCUCGCGUCAGCAUCGUCGCCGAGGCGCCGUCUACCGCGCUCAACUGGGACACGACCGCCCAGCGUGCUGAACGGAAACGCGCCGGGAUCGACCCGCUAGGUCCGCUCCGAAAGGCAUGUCGGAGGCCAGGCCACUUGAGCGCCGUCGCCGAGCUCACCACGGUCGACGAGUUUACCGCGUUCAUGGAGGCGAUUGACCGGUGUUCCAUCGACAGCAUUGCCGUCCGUCUGGAGCGCGGUGGUGGCUUGUUCGACAACGGGGACAUGUUCGCCGCUGUUUUCGUCGACCUGCUCGACAUCGACCUGUGCAAGCUGAUCAUAUGGUGCAAGACGGCCUCCCUGCCGCUCAACCACCUCGACCACUCGAUCCCAGCCAUCGCGCGGUACUUGACCCGUCCGCGCACGACGCAGCUGCAGCAGCUCGGCGUAAUGGGGUGCACCGGCUCUCUCGCCGCGACGGGAAUGAUGAAGCUCCACAACCGGUUCGAAGGCGGGCUGUGGGAGGAGCGCUUGUACGGCAUGGGCACGUCGGCGGGCGAGCAGAUCAUGCAGUACGGCUCUGCGAAUGUCUCGCCCCAGCCCGAGGUGCGGCACACGGUCUUGCGCUCGCUCGUCGUGGCGCGCAUGCUGCUCUUCGCCAAACCCACCCAGCGCACGGGCAUCGCCAGCCUGCCCACCGAGCUCAUCCGCGACAUUGUCCAGCAGAGCGCACCGUACACCAACGCAUUGACGAGCACACAGUGGCGCGUGCUUUUCGGACAUGCUGAAGACCGGGCCGCGUUCAAGGCAAUCGCGCGCGAGGUACGCGUCCGCGAAAAGCGCCGCGGGUUCACACUCGUGUCGAUACUCGAGCCGUCUAUCGCCACCGAGUGGUUGUACAAUGGCGGGUUUUUGGCCCAAGUCGACAUGGCCAGGAUGGCGGAACUGGGGGAUACUGAUAGCUGGUUGGACUUGCGCUGA